UGACUUGGCUGGUUCUGAGCGAGAUAUUCCCUGCUGGAAUCAGAGGCCGGGCAUUUGCAUUCUCCAGCAGCUUCAACUGGGCUGCGAAUAUAAUUGUUACUGUCACAUUCCUGGAUGUAAUUGAUACUAUUGGACUGUCUGGGACGUUCCUAUUCUAUGGACUGGUGGGAUUUGCUUCAGUUGGUUUUAUAUGUCUGUACCUGCCUGAGACCAUGGGGCAGUCACUGGAAGAGAUCAACAGGCACUUCAUGACUAGAAAGUCACAGAAGCUGCAUUUUAAAAUCACUGCGAAAUUUUGAAGCAAUGUAAAUAUUCCGAAGAAAUACAAAUUGACUCCUGGCAUUUUGGGCAUUGCAUGGAGCAUCAAAUGGAUGUGACACCGAACCCAUGGUUAUUUUGACAAUUUUUGACUAUUAAGCUAGUACUGUCAAGUGAGAGAGGGUAGAAAGUGUUUAGCAUUCUGCAAUAAUAAUUACCUAUUUGGGUCUUCACCGGGAUGAGUGUUUGGUUUAGAUUUGAUGUUCUUUUAUCAAGCUGUGCACAGGCUAGUGCAAACUACAUCAGUGCGGAGAUUGUCCUGCUGUUGUACUGUGCUCCAAAUCUUACUGUUCUACUGGUUCUUACUGGUUUGUAUAUGUUAAUUUCCACCACAGUCUUUGUUCCAUAACCACCAACUCAUCUCUUCCCUUCUGAGGCUGAGCCAGGCUGUUUGCAACCUUUCUGUCAUACUUGUACUCUUGACUUCCAUUCAUAUAUUCAUGUUAACAAUAAGACUGCAUUUUUUCCUCCUCUGUAAGAAGGUCUAACUCAUCCUUGCCUUGGCUUAGCUACUUCUGAACUCCUCGUACAUGCUUUAAGUAAUUUCUAGACUUGACUAUUUUCAGUGCACUCCUGGCCAGCUUCCUACAUUCUAGCCUCAGUAAACUUACAAAACACCUGCUGCCCGUGUUCUUAUUUGCACUACGUUUUGAUCUCAUAUCAAGCAUGUGUUCGCAGACCUCUGUUGCGUGCUAAUUUUAAAAUUAUCAUCCUCCCUACCUCUGCAGGCACCUGCAGUCGCAAUGCUCUGAGCUAUCUGUGCUGCUCUAAUCUCGGCUCUUCAUCAACUACAUUUUUAAUUGUACUACCGUUGGUGGCCACACCUUCCGUUGCCAAGACCCUGAGCUCUGGGAUUUCCUCACUAAACCUUUCCUCCUCUCUACUCCACCUACCUCUUUCAAGACUGUUAUUUAAAAUCUGUCUCUUUGACCAAACUUUUGCUCACCUGUCCUAAUCUUGCCUUACGUGGCUCAAUGUCAAAUCUUGUUUACAUGGUUCCUGUGAAGUAAGUUAGGACAUCUUGCAAUGUUGGAGGUGCUUUGUAAAUACUUCUACUUGCUGUAUCGCCUUAAGGUAGUGUUCACUUAUCAGCUGCAAAACGUCAAACAUU